AUGAUUCAAGCACCACACCCCGACAUCACCAAGGCCCAGCUCCCAACGCUAGACCGCCUCGGUGUCUCGCCACCAUCGCAGGUCGACGCGCUUUCCGUUGCGCGCAGGUGGUUCUCCUCAUUCUCCUCCGCUCUGCAAAGCUCCGAUGCAAGCGCGAUUGCCCAGCUCUGCGUUCCGGACGUAUUUUGGCGUGAUUUGCUUGCUUUGACUUGGGACUUCCGUACCUUCUACGGCACCGAUUCGGUCUCUACCUUCCUCAACGACCGACUCUCUCUCAGCCAGGUCACGAACCUGAAGCUGAAUGAGAAGGACGUCGAAUAUGUACAGCCGUACGAGGACCUCGCCUGGAUACAGGCCUUUUGGAGCUUCGAGACAGCAACCGGGCUCGGGAGCGGCGUCGUGCGUCUCGUGCCGACACAGGCUGCCGAAUGGAAGGCGCAUGCAGUUCUCACCAACUUGGAGGAUCUGAAGGGUCACCCUGAGAAGACCGGCCCGUUACGCGAGCAAGCGCCAAACCAUGGGAAAUGGCUUGAACAGAGAAGACGCGAGACUGAAUGCGAAGGCGAGGAGAAUCAACCUAAAGUCUUAGUCGUCGGAGCGGGUCAGAGCGGGUUGGAGAUUGCGGCGCGGUUGAAGUACUUGGGGAUAAAGACCCUCAUCGUUGAGAAGAAGUCGCGUGUUGGCGAUCUAUGGCGCUCAAGAUAUGAGGCAUUGUGUCUUCACGACACCGUUUGGUAUGACCAUAUGCCGUACAUUCCGUUCCCUCCUACCUGGCCAGUCUAUGCUCCUGCACCCAAACUCGCGGCGUGGCUUGAGCACUACGCCGAAGCCCUCGAGCUCGACGUAUGGCUCUCUUCCAACAUCACCUCUUGCGUUCAAGACCCAAAGACUCUGAAGUGGACAGUCGAGAUUGACCGCCCAGACGGCUCCAAGCGCACACUCAUCGUGAAUCACGUUGUGUUUGCUGUCGGUAUCGGCGGCGGAGUCAUGCGUAUUCCGAGCUUUCCUGGAACGGACAAGUUCGCCGGCAAGAUCAUCCACUCCGCGCAGUUUACUACCGCAAAGGACUACAUCGGCAAGAAGGUCGUCGUGGUCGGCGCCUGCACGAGCGCGCACGAUAUCUGUGCGGACUUCUACGAGCAUGGAGUUGACGUGACAAUGUUCCAGCGCGGGUCAACGUACAUCAUGAGCACGAAGCACGGCGUGCGCCGUCUCCUAGGUGGCUUGUACCACGAAGGCGCGAAUACGGACCGUGCCGACAGAAUUAACGCGUCUUUCCCGAACAUGCUUCUCAAACUCAUGCACCAGCGUGUCGUGAAGGAUAUCGCGGAAGAUGAUAAGGAGGUGCUGGAGGGUUUGAAGCGCGUCGGUUUCCGAACCAAUAUGGGCAUCGACGGAUCGGGCUUCUUGAUCCUUGCGUGGUCCAAGCUCGGCGGAUACUACCUUGAUGUUGGAACUUCCACUCUCAUCGCCGAGGGCAAGAUCAAGUUGAAGAACGACGCUCAGAUCUCGCAUUUCAGCGAGAAGGGAAUCGAGUUCGAUAAUGGCUCGCAUCUCGACGCCGAUGUGGUCAUCUUCGCGACCGGGUACGGAGACGGACGCGAACCAUACCGCGCGGUGCUUGGAGAUGAGGUCGGUGACAAGCUCAAGCCAAUCUGGGGUCUUGAUAGCGAAGGAGAGCUGAAUAGCGCUUGGCGCGACAUCGGGGUUCCCAGGCUGUACUGUAUGAUGGGCAACCUUGCGCUUGGUCGCUUCCACUCAAAGCAUGUCGCACUCCAGAUCAAAGCUGUAGAGGAGGGGCUAUGGGACGGAUUAGACCGCUACAGUCAAGGCCAAGUCUCUCAGUAG